GCACACUCAGUAGACAAUCUUUCCUCAUUUCGUUAACACACUCACAGCACAAACCAAAAUCAAAACCAAAAACCAAGAAGAAACAGCAACAGUAGCUAAAACAAAUCCAAUUCCCCAUUAAUAUACAUAGUUGAAAUAUAUCUAUAUACACAUAAUAAAUAUAUACUCGUAAUUCACCGUGCAAAAAUAUAACCUAAAGAGCUUGAAUGUUUCCGUGUGUGUAGUUGUUCUUAUCAACUAAAUGUUAAAUGUGUUAAAAAUAAAUUAAACUAAAUUCAACUGAAAUUUAAUUAAAUUAAAUGCCAAAGUGCGUGUCAAGUGCAAAUAGCAGUAUAUCCUCCUCGCCUCCUUCGUCGUCAUCUUGUUGUUCUUGUGGCUGUCGUCGCAGUAACUUUAACCGAAAGAAAAACCGAUCAUCUGCGGCCAUGAAAUCCGCUGACUUUGAUAACAAACUAUAAACUGCAUGGGGGAAAUGAGCACACACGAGGAUAAGCAAUUGUGAAACUGUGAAAGUGCAAUCAAAUAAAUUACCCUAACGAAAAGUACCAGCGGAAAGGUCAACCGAGGAAAAUGUGCAUACAAAACUGCGACAACAUCAAAAUCUGCGACAGUAACGGCAGCCACCACCACCACGACAAAGCCCAAGACAAAGUCGCAGUCGUCAAGGGUGGAGAGAAUAACGUCAUCCCUACCACAUCCGACAAGGACUACGAGAACUUUAAAUUCCAAUUGCAAUUGCAGUCCGAGCUGAACAGGAAGAGGCAAAAGCCAGUCAAACGACCCAAAUUGUCAAACUUUAAGAUUCUCUUGUGCUGUUGCUACUUCAUCAUUAUAGUCCUGAUGAUUUAAAGAACUGCAAUAAAAUCCACACAUUUACAUCUAAAAAACUACAAGCAGAUUCAAAUUAAACAACACAUAAAACAAUUAUAAUAGAAUGCUACAUUGUAAACUCGGCCUAACU